ACGUUGACCAAUUAAAUCAAAUCCUUCAAACUUUGGGAACUCCUAGUGAUCAUACCCUAUCAAGAAUAGGGAGUUCAAGAGCACAAGAAUAUAUUCGUAAUUUGCCUCGUAUGCAGAAAAGACCAUUUGCUAAAAUAUUUCCUAAUGCAAAUACUUUAGCAAUUGAUUUAUUAGAACGUCUAUUGACAUUUGAUCCUGCUCAACGUAUAACUGUUGAAGAAGCAUUAGAACAUCCCUAUUUAGCAGUAUGGCAUGAACCUAACGAUGAGCCUGUAUGUGCUAAAACCUUUGAUUUCUCUUCAUUUGAAUCAGUUGAUGAUCCUCAACAAAUGAGAGAAAUGAUCGUUAAGGAAGUAGUUAAUUUCCGUGCUUUAAUACGACAUCAUCAUGUACCCCAUCUUAGUCUCGGAAAUAGACAAAGCAGUUCAGCUAGCUUAUCCAAAAUUCCUGAUCGUGAUACUAUUCUAAAUUCGCCCACUGCAGUUCGUGGCGAUGUUGAUGCGCUUGUUGCUCCUUAUGUUCCACCAGGUCUUCAUAAAGGUAUUGGGAUCAGCGAAGAUCUUGAGCGAGAUUUAAGUGGUGCUAUGGAUAUGACGUGA